AUGUCAUACAUGCACUCCGUACGGCAUGGAGUCAACAUUGAAUUGAAGUCCUCGGUGAGAAGAGUUUGGUCCUUCUUAUUCCCUGUACUCCGGACUCCAGAGCAAGAUCAGAGAGCACACCAUUACCUUCACCGUAUCAACACCACCGUCGGCCCUACCAUCCAUGGCGGCCGCUCACGGCUUGCGAGCAUUGGUCUCGAGAACCUCUUUUGCGUCAUUAUGCGUGGACUUGGACCUCAUGAUCAUUCUUCCACCGUUUGCUCGCCCGAUUUUGCCCUGAUUCACCCUGGCCCGACUGCUGCCUUUCUCUCACUGGUACAGGUCUGCACGCGAAGUGAAGCGCCGGAUGGCAGGGAUCGCGCUGGCUACCUGGGUCGCCUCGCUUCGUCCUCCAGGCGAGCCUCGCAAAUUGUCAUCUUUGGCCCUGGCGAUGUCUGA